AUGAUCCUGCCUUCCAUUCUGCUGCUCGUUGCCCACACCCUGGGAGCAAAUAUUGAAUGUGGUGUGAGACCCCUGUAUGAUGGCAAAAUUCGAUACUCCAGGAUCAUAGGAGGGCAGGAGGCUGAGGUGGGUGAGUUUCCAUGGCAGGUGAGCAUUCAAGAAAAAGGACAUCAUUUCUGUGGUGGCUCCAUUAUCAGCGAGUGGUGGAUCCUCACCGUGGCCCACUGCUUCUAUUCUGAUGAGAUUUCCCCAUUAGACCUGAUAGUCAUAGCGGGAUCCAGUGACUUAACUACCGCAUCCAUGGAAAUACAGGUCGCCAACAUAAUUCGACACAAAAACUUUCAAAGACUCACCAUGGACAAUGAUAUUGCCUUGUUGAAGCUAGCCACGCCCAUCUAUUUCAAUGACAUGACAGUACCAAUCUGCCUGCCUCUCCAUCCCACCCCUCCCAGCUGGCAUGAAUGUUGGGUGGCAGGAUGGGGCGUAACCAAUUCAGAUGACAAAAGAUCUAUGAAGACCGACCUGAUGAAGGCACCGAUGCAUAUUAUAGAUUGGAAGGAAUGCACAAAGGUAUUUCCAAAGCUGACCACCAACAUGCUGUGUGCUUCAUAUGGUAACGAGAGCUAUGAUGCCUGCCAGGGUGACAGUGGGGGACCGCUUGUCUGCAACACAGAGCCUGGCAAUAAGUGGUACCAGGUGGGCAUCAUCAGCUGGGGCAGGAGCUGUGGGAAAAGAGGCUCCCCAGGAAUAUACACCCUGUUGUCAAACUAUACCCUGUGGAUAGAGAAAAUAGCCCAGAUAGAGGGGAAGCCCCUGGAUGCUAAGCCUAAGAGGGCCGCUGUCAAGAAGAAAAUGAGAGGGCGCAACCAAUCCUCCAAAUGCCCAGCACUGGGCUACCCUCAAAGCUGGCUCCUGUCCUGUCUUCUGCCCUGUGUGUUACUCAGAGCCUUGUCCAACUGGGAAUAA